AUCCGCUGCCGCUGAGCAGCGAAAGAUACCUACUUCAGGACGCUCUUCAUCAAAAUCAAAGAAAACCCAAACUCCUACCCCCACUCUGGAGCAAAUUGAAACUCCAACCAAGGAAUCUUCCAUCCCUAAGAAAAAGGUGCUGGUGCCAAUUGGGUAUGGGACAGAAGAAAUGGAAGCUGUAAUAAUGGUGGAUGUACUGAGGCGGGCUGGUGCAGGGGUGACUUUGGCAUCAGUGGAGCCGCAAUUGGAAGUUAAAGCUUCUGGAGGCACUAGGCUUGUUGCUGACACCCUAAUAUCCGCCUGUUCCAAUGAAGUGUUUGAUCUCAUUGCACUUCCAGGUGGAAUGCCAGGUUCUGUGCGUUUCAGAGACAGUGAAGUUCUCAAGAAUAUAAUGAUCAAACAUGCUGAAGAGAAACGGCUAUACGGUGCCAUAUGUGCUGCUCCUGCCGUCACUCUUUUGCCUUGGGGUCUUCUUAGGAGGAAACAGGUUACUUGUCAUCCUGCAUUUAUGGACAAGCUUCCUACUUUCUAUGCUGUAAAGACUAAUAUCCAAGUGUCCAGUGAGUUAACAACAAGCCGUGGUCCCGCUACAUCCUUUCAGUUCACUAUAUCUUUGGUGGAACAACUGUUUAGUGAAGCCGUUGCCAGAGAAGUUGGAGAAUUAUUGUUACUGAAUGUGAAUGAUAAAGAUCCCAUAAAACAAGAAUUCAACGAGGUCCAAUGGUCUUUUGACCAUUCCCCUCAAGUUCUUAUACCAAUUGCAAAUGGCUGUGAAGAGAUUGAAGUUGUUACAGUUGUAGAUAUUUUAAGGCGUGCUAAGGUCAAUGUGGUGGUAGCUUCGGUACAAAAAUCUGCAGUAACAUUGGCAUCCAACGGCAUUAAGAUUGUGGCAGACAUGUUGAUCGACUGUGCUGCAGAGUCAACAUAUGACUUGAUUAUCUUGCCGGGAGGGGAUGUUGGAGUUGAAAGGUUACAAAGGUCAAGGACUCUGAAGAAGAUGCUAAAGGAACAAGAAUUAGGCGGAAGAAUAUUUGGUGCGAUGUGCUCUUCUUCGCCCACUUUACUGCAGAAACAGGGCUUGCUCAAGGGCAAAAAAACUACUGCUCAUCCUUCCGUAAUAAGCAAGGUAGAUGAUGUGAUAGAAGGUGCCCGGGUAGUUGUUGAUGGGAAGCUGAUCACAAGCCAAGGCCUUUCUACUGCAAUAGAAUUCGGGCUGGCCAUUGUGAGCAAGUUUUUUGGGCAUGCAAGAGCAAGGAGUGUGGCAGAGGGUCUUGUUUCCGAUUACCCCAGGAGCUUCUAAGUGUCUAUAUGCUAUAACAUGAGUAAAAACUGCAGUUAAGAAGAUGCAGAAACAAGGGCAGUUGUUUUGAAAGCUUGGGGGACGCUUUAAUGCACAAAUGGUUCGACCUUGCACUUGAUAACUGCUCCAGGCUGCUGGAUGAGUGCUCCAAGUAUACUCCAAAUAAACUGUUUUAGCUAUUUCAGUCUGAUGUUUAUAUUCUAAUACCAUUUAGUUUUUUUAAAGAUUCAACUAGUGUAAACAAAUUAGUCUUCAGAGGUAAAAGAACGAUGAAAGAUCACUGGGACAGCUGAAAUGACUAUUUUGCAGGACACGUUGCUCAGGAGGAACCUACGAAAUAUUUUAUACACAAUUUCCAUCCUUAGAAUGGAUAAAAGCAGGGGUCUAUAUACUCGUCCUUAUUUUAUACUUCCUCCGUCCUCUUAUAAUUAUCUCAUUUUUGGAUGUCUCUCUAUUAUUGCCUCGUACCAUAUUUAAUAACAUUUGUGUGGC